AGGCUCAAUUUCCGUUGCAAGAGAUUUUUAACAAUUCAUAUGUAGCAGACUAGUUUAUGCUUUAAUCAUGUCAGUCUCUCUGAGCAGUAUUGUAUCAGAAUCCAAAAAACUGGUUGAACGCUUGCGUGAUGAUGAUGACGUCUUGGAAUCUCUUAUCUACAAAUGGGAAUCAGCAUCGAAUACUGUUGUUAAAAGAUGUCAGGCUGAAGACCCUUACAACGGCUGUAAUGCUGUACCUUGCGUAGACGGUUCAGAAUUAAAGAUCUUGGCCUAUAAGAAUGAGCUAUUACGACAGGUUUUACACUCUCAUCAAGUCGCUGCUGAUGUAUUGAUGCACGAAUAUAGAAGGAAAAUUAGCAGUCUAUUGCAAGGACGAGCCGAUGUUGGCAAAACUGUGAAUUCACUAGAUCCUCACCCACCUAAAAACAUUCAAUAUUUGGCAGAGGGUUUACAGACCAUUAACAAUGCAUGUCUUAUUGAUGAAAAGAAAUUUUGCGAUUCAAUUCAAAAUAUGGCUCAACUCAGAGUGGAAAAUGAAACUUUUAAGCAUUUAGAAAAAAGUAGUCCUUUAAGAAUUAAAAAUAAGAACAACAACACUACACAGACAGAUUAA